CAAGAGCGGACGGCGCAAUGACAAACCGUUCGCAUUUCAAACGUAAAACUAGUAUUGCUCGUGUACUAGAACUGGUGGCUGGAAUUGGUUGAAACACUAGUUCACCUUGUGAUACCUAUUUAACGGGUCUAACUAAAGCCUCUAUUGAAUUUAAUAGCGUCCACAACGUCGAAAAGCACGGCCGAAAUAUGUCGAACGCAGGAAAGAAGCUCCUGCAAUAUGUUGCUAGUAAAGAUUUCCGUACCUACUUAAUGAGCACACACUUUUGGGGUCCAGUGGCUAAUUGGGGUAUACCAAUUGCUGCCCUUGCAGACAUAAAAAAGGAUCCAAAGUUUAUUAGUGGCAACAUGACUGUUGCCCUCUGCUUAUAUUCAGCAAUAUUCAUGAGGUUUGCCUGGAAGGUUCAACCACGAAAUAUGCUUCUUUUUGCCUGCCAUGUCACCAACGAAACAACACAGUUGAUUCAGCUUGGUAGAUAUGUCAAUUACAAUCUUAGAAACAAGGAGGAAAAGGUUGCUCUCACAUAACACAAGUUAAAUAUUCCAAAAUAGCAUGAAAAAGUUUUAAAAAGACUUAUCUAAAUAAUGUUCAUUGUUUGCACAGUUAUUGUGUGCAUGUUGUAGAUCUGAGCAAAUAGGGCUUUAUAUAUAAAAUGAAUAUGUGAUUAGCUGAUUAACAUAUCACGUUAUUAUGCUGAAUUAUGUUAACUUCAAGGUUAGUUAGUUUAUAACAUUUGGUGCAAUCUCACAUGGAAAGCUAUUCCAACCUGUUUUAUCACAUUUGUUUCAUGUGCUGAUAAAAAAAAGAAAUUUGAUAACAGUCACAAUCUGUUACAUCACGCGCACGUCUCAAAGACUUACGCAAAGACAUUUUUGAAAAAUAUUUUGAUAAGGAUUAUUUGGGGGCCAAAAUUAUAUUACAUUCUAUAAAAUGUAAAUAAGAAUCUUAUACGUUGAUAAAUAUAUUCAUUUAUUGUUGUUAA